UAUUUUUAUUUUUUAUUUUUAUUUAUUUUAUUAAAAAUAUUAAUAAUUUAUCAAAAAUGAGUGAAGGCCGAAUCUCCGCUUCUGCAUCGCUUCAGUCUUCAGUAGGAGUUACUUCUGCUGAAGAACUGGCAGAAAAAUAUCAAAAAUUAUUCUCAGAAUUUUCUCGAAUAAAAGCACAGCAUUCUGUUCUUAAAAAGGCUGUUAGAAAGGAACAAGUCACGAAUGCAUCGUUACAGGAAGAUUGCAAAGCAAAAGAACAAGAGUUGCGAGCGUCGCAUCAACAACUUGAUCUUUUGAAUUUUCACAAUGAACGUUUAACCAAACGUAUUCAGAGUUUACAAGAUUCAGGAAAUGCGAAACUAUCAACUGGUUGGUUAUUGGGUUCAACAAAAAAAGAAAUUGAAAAGUUAAAAGCUUCCCUUGAUGCUAGAUCCAUUGAUUUAACACGAAAGAUUGAAGAAAAUGAAAAAUUGCAUAAAGAACUUUAUGAAGUUAACAGUUUAUACACUCAACAUGUUAAUGUCCUUCAAUCUAAUAUAUCCGAAUUAGAGAAAAAGAAAGAAGAGCUUCAGCUGGAAUUAACAAGAUCACACAUGGCAAGUGAAGAAGCCCUAAGUACGAUGCGUCUAGAAAAGAGAGAAGUUGAAGCUAAAUUGGAAGAGACAAGACGUGAAUUACAAUUAACAAAUGCUCUUAUGGAAAAAAACGAGCAAAAAUUGAAGGAAGAUGAUGACGUAUUACGCGCUGAAUUGAAUGCACUUAGACAAACUCUUUUAAUUAAUCUUGGUUUAGCAGAUGGAGCACAGUCUGAACAACUCAAUACUUUAAGUGAAAAGAUGGAUUCUGAAUCUAACGAAAUAAUUGAAAGCUUUAGGCUAUUACAAAAUAACACAAGAGAAUAUUUGAAUUCACUUAAAGAAAAUAAGGAAAAUCCAGAUUUAUCUUAUGAAUUAAGUUUAAAAGUGAAAAAUUCGAGUCAAGUAUGGCAAAAAAAUUUACAAAAUUUGGCGAUUAAAUUUACAUCUGCUCAAAGCAAAAUAUUCGAAUUGACAACAAAAAAUGAAUUUCUUGUCAAAGUAAAUGAAACCGAUUCUAGUAAAGUCUCCGAUUUAGAAGCAAAAAUUUCCCGACUAAGAGAAGAAUUGGACAAACAAAAGGUAUCCUCACAGGAUUUAAAUAAUAAUAAUAAUAAUAUAUCAUUAUCAGAACAAAGUAGUACUAAAUUGAAUAAUAGUGUCGGUAAUUCUAAAUUAAAUUCAAACGAAUUCAAUGAAUCCAUAUUAAAAUCGGCAUCACAAAGUGAUGAAGUAAAAGAGGAAAGUGGUCCCUCUAAAAUAUUUGAUGAUCAAAAUGAGAGUGAUGAAGAGGUAGAGUUUGUUUAUCCGGUUAAUCCUAGUAUUGAACCUCCUGUUAAUGAAAAUAAAGAAUCAACGGCACAAGCUGCAAGUGCAAAAUCUACCCUAGCUGAUGAUGAUGAUAAUAAUGCAACUGGUAACGGAAUAGCAGCAAGUUUCCUUGCAUUAGAACGUGAUAUGAGCGGAAGAAAAGAUGAUGAUGCUAAACAACGCGAAAAUUUAAUCAAAAAACAUUAUGAAUGUAAAAUAACACAAUUAACUGAACAGCUACAAUUAGCCGAUGGCAAAGCUACCCGAUUUUAUAAAGCUUUAGAGACCAUGCAAAGUAGAUUGGCAAAUGCUGAAAGCAAAAAUGCUAAAUUACAAAAAGAAUUGGCUAAGUCAAAUGAAAUUUUUGCAGACGAAAGAAAAAGUCAUGAAAAAUCAAUAGAAACAAUGCAAAAGUAUAUAACAGAGUUAUCUGAUGAUAAAGUAAAAUUAACAAAUCAAUUAAAUCAAUUAAAAGCUGGUCCUUCAAAUAGAGCAAUGUAACUAGACAUUUCUGUGUAUAAUAUAUUAUCUUCUUUUAUUAUAACAAAUUAUUUGUAAACUAUAAAUAUUAUAGAGAGGUUAUAUAACAAAUAAAAUUAGCCUAAAAAAAUGUAACUUUAUUAAAAGGUGAUUUGGUACAGAGUAUUGUAGACGUAAAUUCAAUUUUUCUAUAUGUGAACUUGUAAUGAUUUAUAAAAUUAG